AUGCGGGUAGCAUGUCGGCGUGCAGCUGCAUCCGCCAGCACGCUGCCGAAACAGGCGAUUCGCUUAGAGGUCCUUGCCGCUGACCAGAGCCGCUUAACCUUGACAAUUCUGCCCAUCCUGCACGGUCGCCUGUCGGGUCCGGGAGGAGGCGAGGAAGCUGCCCAGGCCAUCAGCGCAAUGGCUCCACGCCAGGUAAUGGUCGAGCUGUGCCAGCUACGCUACGGGCAACUCCUGACAUCCAUGCGGAUGGGCUUGCCGUUGCGACCGCCAUCGAAGCUGGACCUGCUUGGCAACGUCCAUGGUGGGCUUCUCCAACAUGAGCUUGCGCCGAUCCUAGAAGCGGCACGGAAGGUUGGCUCGGCCGUCCUUCCCAUCGAUCGGCCGCAGAAAGCCACUCGGAGCCGGGUGGCUCACCGGCUUUGGCAUCCGAAGCUGCUCCAGGGCCUGUUGUCCUUUGCCGGCUACUCCUUGCAGAGGCAGCGCGACCACCUGUCGCCAGCGCUGCCCUUGGACGCGGAAGAGAUCCGUCGCGAGUUGGAGCGGUGUUGUCCGGUAGCACAUGACGUUUUGAUCGACGAGCGUAGCUUUUACCUGGCACAGCAAGUGGCCGUCUGCUCCGUGCCCGACGCUGACGUCGCCAUUGUUUGCAGUGCACCGAUGAGUGAGCACUUGGUCACAGCGCUCCGCCGAGUGCCUGACAUGUGCAAGCCCGAGGACCCUCAGGCCGGGGCCACCAAGCUGCUGAAGUUGGCGAAGCGCGGGGUGCCAGUGUGGCCCCUUUAUGCCUUUGCCUAUGGCCUGGUCCCUGCGGGCCUUACUGUCUAUGCAGGUGCAUGCUUCUGGGAUUCCUUCUUGUAUCCAGCCUUGUUUGAGGAACUGUCGUCCGACAGUGGCUACAGCGGCCACAGCCAGCAGCCAGGGGCAUGA